CAUCCCGCCGGGUACUCGUAGCGAGAGUGGAGCCGACAGAUUGAGUUACUCUGAGGAGACGCUCUGCACACAUACUGGAUUAAACAGAUCCUUACUUCCCAUUGAACUGAUAUAAAGCUGUAAAAAUAAGGUCAGCGUGAUGGAGCCGGAGGAACAGAUAGAGAAGAAGAACGGAGAGAAGAGAGAGGAGAGGGAGGAGAGAGAGGAUGCGACGGAGGAGAGUUUCCUCAAAGACCUUUACUUCUUCAUGAAGCAGAGAGACACUCCGAUAGAGAGAAUCCCUCACCUGGGCUUCAAACAGAUUGAUCUGUAUUUGAUGUUUAAGACGGUGAAGGACCUGGGAGGAUAUCACCAGGUGACCACUCAGCAGCUGUGGAAGAAAGUGUAUAACAUUCUGGGAGGAAACCCACGCAGCACCAGCGCAGCCACAUGCACCCGCAGACACUACGAAAAGCUGCUGCUGCCAUACGAAUAUCACUUGGCCGGGUACGGAGAUGACAUCCCUAUCACUCCUCCUCGAAAACACAAGCUUCCGCUCAGCUUUGAUGACCAGUACCUGCUGAACCCGAAACGUGCACUCAUCAGACACGCACUCUCAUUCAACCAGUCGACUCCGCAUGAUUUUAUGACCGAUGGACGUGUACGGAUCAUUUCGAUGUCUGAUGGCGUUCCACACCCGUCCUACCUCCAUCCUGGCCCCACAUCUCUACCCAGCCUCUUCUCUGUGCCACAGCCUAUGCCACCCAUUCCUAACAUCAGGACACCAUUCCACACACGAAACCCAUUGCCCUACCUUCCUCCAUCGUCCUUUGAGACCGAAAGCUUCAAACAACCUCUGGACCGUCUGCGUCUCCUGGCCAAGGAGUACAAAUCAUCAUCUGGCUUGGUCGAGCCUCUCAAUCUCAGCAAAAAGACAGGCAAGAUGGAGAUGUCAAGCAACACCCCAUCGUCUUUUUCUCCACCAGCCUCUAAAAAACUGCCAAAGUUCCUCAACGAGGCUUUGCCAUUGUACCUAAACAGGGCUGAUCAACCAGGAACAGCUUCUGGACCAUCAAAGGCUGAUGCCCCUGCCCAAGCAGUUGUGAACCCAAUGAUCAUGGAUGAGUCGCAUGCCGUUAAUCUCACCUCCUCUUCCAGAAGCAGUCCAACUACAAAAAAGGCUCCAUGUCCUACUCCACUGCUUGACCACGGGCCGAGUUACCCCGGCACAUUCCCUGUCAAGCAAUCAGAGAAAAGCCUCCAUGAUCCCUCGGCCAAAGCAGGGCCUUCUGACAUGCACCAGUCUAGCCCCAGCCAAGCCCCCAGCCAAGCCCCAAGCCGUCCAUCCUUAGACCCAUACGGCGGAAUGGAGAUCCAGAUACCUCUGUCUUUGUUGCAAAACUGGAUCAAGGAAGGUCUGAUUUCCAGCUUAGUAUCCUCUCGUCAAAAUCCAUCAGGUCCUUCUCAGGAGCCCAAGAAAACUCCAUCACCUCUCGGCCAGGGAAGAAGGAGCUCAGAAGCUUCAGAAGGUCUCAUUUCCAACUUAGUAUCUACCUGCCAGCAGCCAACUGGACUUGGUUCCCAAGAUCCCAACAAAACUCCAUCAUCACCUGAUUCUCUCAGCUGGGGAAGAACAAGCUCGGAUUCCUCAGAUAGUUCCUCAAGUGAUCUCCCAGCAGACCUGAGCCUGAGGAGCCAUGCGAGAGACCCGGCUAAUCCUGGCAAGCCUGACAGUAGGUCCAUCGCUAGUCUGAUGACUGGUAACGAGAGCCAGCUACCAACCAUCAACCGGUAUGCAAGUGUAAAGCCCUUUUUCAUGCCGCCAUCUCCAAAGAUGCCAUUCAGCAGGGACCCUUACCAUCGUGUUUCUCACAUCAAAACUGUUCAAGACCAUGAUGCCUCCCUCAAACAGGCUAACUCUACCAACACAAAGAUCAACAGCAGUACAGGACCCAGACCUCCAGGCUAUGAUGCCGACUUUGGCUACAGCUUAGCUGCAAGGCUUGGGAAGGCAGUGGAGAAGGCUCCUACGUUUAAGAUGAAUUCUGCCUCCUCACCCCUCAUCCACCUCACUCCAGAGCACCUAAAGCUUCUCCUUGCAAGUUCACCUUUUAGACAGGAGAGGGAAAAGAUAUGUUAAAGGUCUCCACACAAAGGGGAUCAACUACUAGGUGCAGCUAAACCCAUCAAAAGUUUGGGGACACCCCCCUUUCUAUUGUAAUUUAAUGAGAAAUGUUUGUCACUGUUACGUUUCAGUUACCAGAAAGGGUUUCAUUAGCAUAAAGCAGCUCUGUGCUAAUCCUUUGGGUGUUCUAACUUCAACAUUCAGCCUCAUGACCAUCAAGUUUCAAUAAUUAUGUUAAUUUAUAAUAACACUUUUUUUUCUGAUUGUAAAAAAAGCACAUAUUGAAACUCUUUUGGCCCAAAGGUGGUUAGAACACAUGAAAGGUUUGCAUGAUGAUGAAGGCUGAUAUCACAAUAAUGAGCUUUAUUCCCAAGGUAGGGCUUUUCUCAGUAGAUUUGCAGUUUUACACAAAAAGUAAAACAGCAAGAUCUAAACAGUUUUCUCUUAAGUUAGAUAAGUUCUAUGUAAUUAAUUAAGUUAUUGCAAACUGACAAAAAAUGUAAAGCAACCCAGUCCCCAAACAUUUGAUGGGCAGUGUACAUUUUUUCAGAUCUAAUACCUUUUUCUGAAGAAUUAUAAAAAUCUGCAAUAAGUUGGAAUAAGCUGUAAUAUCACACGUUCUUAAUCAUUAACAGUCAGUUACAAAGAGUUUGAGAGACAAACUCUAAGCUCAGGCACUGUGGCUGUAAACUAAUGAAAGAUGUCUGUGAAGAGAUAUAUGAAAGUAAAUAAUGUUAUUUGUUGUAUGAUUCUGUUUUUUGUAGUGUAUUUUUUAUGUCUCAGGAUUUGACACAAAGUCGCAGCUACACAGUCUUAUACCUUUUUAAGGCAAACACAUGAAGUUUAUUCACUAUUCUACAUCUGACAAGUUCUAAUCUUAAAAACUUGAGAAAUGUACAAAUUCCUGAUCACGUUUUGUGCCUUUUUAUUAUUGUUUUUAUUUUUCAAAGUUUUGGAUUUUUUUGAGACAUUGCCUGUAGCAAGCCUUCAAUGCAAUGACUGUA